AUGAGCCGUCGUACGAGGACUCCGUUGCCAACGCCUCUUCCGUGGUGCGGUGUCUGCAUCGUCUUCUACGUGAUUGCCACUUGGGCAUGGCAUGUGGAUGACGAGAAGGUCUUUGGUCGGAAUCUACGGAUUGCGUCAAGAGACGAUGUAUCGGCAAUGAUGACUGCGUCUACGAGUACAUCGACUUGCUUGCCAGAAGAAGGAACGAGUGACGAAGGGAAAAAGCGGCUGGUGGAGAUCAACUGUCAACAUGUGAGGGAUGCUAAAGGCCUUGAUGUUCUGAGUGCCCCUGCUGCUGACAGUGCCAGCUUUCAGAGACGAUACGCCCAGGCUGAAUACCUGUGUCGCAGUGCCGAGAGCGACGCCCAAAACGCGAGUCAUCUAUCUGCUGCAGCUGCUUCAGCCACCUCAGCGUGGAAUGAACUGACAGGCGGCCGGGAAUGCUGCAACAUUCCAACCGCACCUCACUGCAGCAGCGACUUCGGUACACGGCUGCUUCGCUUCAUGAUUGUCUUGUCAAUUCUGGUGGUCGCUUUCUUUCCCUUGCUCCUUGUUGGCCCGGUUGUCUUUGCUCCAAGUCUCUGGCGCACAAAGCCUACCACAUACUCACACCAACGCCAACGUCCACGGAAACCUUUCAACAGAGGAGGCCCGAAAUCGCCAGACCAGCAUCUGAAGGAGGAACUUCGCUUGAUGUGGAUGGCCCAUUUCAGAGGCAUGCCAAAUCCCACGGUGAGCUGCCAGGAGAACAGCAACUUCCAGGGCAUGGCACUGUCCACAGUGAUCCGCGAAGAAAUUCUGAAGGAUUUAGCAUCCCUUCAGGCAGGCUUCGGAUUCCAGAAGGAUUCCGUGAAAAUCCAGCUGUCAGAGAUCAUGGAUCAGCUGGACUCCUACCGCAAAAUGUCUGCUUUGCAGAUGUAUGAGGACAACUUCUCCCUUGAUGCCAUCAUGGUUGCCCACCUCUGUAGAGCCGUGGACAGACUGCAUAAGGAGAAGUGCUGUGGAUUUUCCUGCUGGCUCGAGAAAGCCUGGCCCGAUGACAAGCCCGGUGUGCUGGGCAACUCUGGCAGCUCAGACAGGCUCCAUGACCUGAAAAGGAAACUCAAGGAGUUGGUUGUGAUGCAACUUGUCUGGGGAGAAGCUGGCAAUGAUCGAUUUAUGCCUGAGUGGAUAUACUUCAUGUCCUCAUUGAUUCUCUUUUCUUGCGAGGGUCCGGCCAUUCCUGAUGUUGGAGAGGGAGGCUUUCUCACAAGAGCAGUGCAGCCAAUGUACGAGGUCAUUUUCGAUGCGCAGUUUGAAGCGGUGGAUCAACCGCGGAGGGGCUUCAAGGAGUUCUACCCUGAAGACUGCAUCAACUAUGACGAUAUUGCAGAACUGUUUCAAGACCCUGUUCGAUUAAAGCAGGCGCUGCCGCAAGUGUGGAGGGCUGCACCAGCAGAGCGGUACGCCGACUACCUGGAGAUUGACUUGAAGGAAGCCAUGAAGAGCGUGAAGACUCACAGGGAGCUGCACUCUCUUUGGGCCGUCUUCGCUUCUACCAAUCGGGUCUGGUUCUUGCUGUCCACCAUGUACAUGCUGUCAGAGUGGACCGUGUUGGAUGGCACUGAACGACCGGAUACGCCCCUGGGCGCAGCAUCGAUGAGAUUCGCAGCGCUGGGCCUUUGGGUCUCGAUCUUUGGUCUUCUUCGUGCCUGCAGCCGUUGGUUUGUCACCGGUGCUGCCAUUCGGUCUCCCGGUCGCUUUUCGUUGAGCCUCUUCUUGUGGCUCCUCCCAGGAGGGAGCUUCUUCGUCUUUCGCCUCGGAAUCUGGCAGUCAAGCUCUGCAAAGACCGCAGUGGCUGCUGUGCAUCUGGCUCUCAGUGCCUUGGGUGCUGCCCGGAUCCUGGCACCUUCAAGCGGUCGCUGGCGAGCCACGCAGAGAACGUGGAAGCAGCUGGUGGGCCGGUGGCUCUUUUGGCUGAUUCUGCUGACGGUGAUGUUCAUGACGAACCUUUCCUUCGUCAGCAGUCUGGAGCGAGCCAUCACGAGUCUAGGCAUCAGCCGCCCUGGCGAUCAGACCUGGCAUGAGAUCCAGAUGAUGUCUUUCAGUCCAGGCUGGAAUCGAGAUGUGAUUCUCUGGCUUGCCAUCCAAAGCACGGGUCUGGUUUUUUACGCCUGCAGUUUCCAGUUCUACUUCAGCUUUGGCUCGUUCCUUCUCAGGCAGCUUCUACUUCUUCACCAGCACGGCCACCGUGCUGUGACGGAGGACACCAUUUCCCAAAUCCCAGCAAACCUCGAGAAGUGUUUGACCAAAGCGGGGAUUGGCGAUCCGACUGUGGCUGCGCGAGAAAUAUGGAAUCAAAUCGUGGAGCAGUUUGUUGAGGAAGAUGUGCUGAGCGAAGCCCAGUCGCUCGAACUGAAGUUCUCCGGAGAUGAACGGCCAAAGAUUUUCAAUCCAUCGUGUCAUCAGCGCUGUUCCCGAUUGAACUUGCCCAGCUCGGUGAUCAGGAGGAUCGUGUCUUUGGCUCAGAACCUCUCGCACCCGGCCUUGCCUCAGCCGGUCCAUCCUCUGUUUCGCCCUGCUCUGAGCGUCCUGAUCCCGCACUACGGCGAAGAUAUCCGCACGACCUGGGAGGAGCUGUUGAGGGAAGAUCCGAAUCGUGGCAGUGUGCUGUGCAUGGAGUGGCUCUACCGGCAGCACCCAAGUGAGUUCGACAAUUUCAAGCUUCGUACAAAAUGCGGCCAGCAUUUGCGGGCCAAUGAUUGGCGCAGCUAUAGUGCCGACGACCGGGAGCAGAUUCGUGACUGGGCCUCCCUGCGUUCCCAAACUCUCUGGCGCACGGUAGAUGGCCUAAGCAAGUGUGUUCAAGCUAUGGACAGCUACAGCGACUGUCCCAACUCCGAAGAAAAAAGGAGUGGCUUAGCAGCCUUAGCAGCUGCUCUGUCUUUGCGGACAGACAACGGCUUCACCGUGGUGCUUGCCAUUCAGAAGUAUUCCACGUUUGAGCAGGGCAGCUCUGAACUUAUGGAUGUAGAGCGGAUGUUUGAAAAGUACGGGCGGCUUUUGAAGGUAGCCUACAUUGAUUCAGAGCUCUCACCUCAGGAAGGUGAACAACUUGGAGGCUAUCAGACACGGCGCUACUACAGCUGCCUGAUCGAUUCUGACUGCAGGGUUGAUGACGCUACUGGUAAGCGCGAGCCUCGCUACAAAGUGUUGCUUCCAGGCUUUCCCAUCCUCGGCAACGGCAAAGGCGACAACCAGAACACAGCCCUUCCCUAUUGCUGGGGGCCCCUCCUCCAGACUAUCGAUGCCAACCAAGGUGCAUACCUUGAGCAGCUGCACUUUGUCCUGUUUGCCAUGGGCGAGUUCCGCCAGGGUGACGGCUUUGCGCCCUUGAUCCUAGGCUUUCCUGAGUACAUCACCAGCAGUAUUGGCGCACCUGGCGAGUUUGCGGCUGGUGCAGAGUCUGUCUUCGGCACGGACCAGCAGCACACCCUGAACGCGUUGGGGGUAAGAAUGCACUAUGGACAUCCUGACAUUAUGAAUAAAAACUACAUGAACCAGCAGGGCGGUGUGUCGAAGGCAACGAAGCACACCAACCUCUCCGAGGACAUUUUUGCCGGCACCGACUUCACGUUGAGAGGCGAAGGUCGUGAGAUCCGCCAUGUUGAGUGGAUGAAGCUUUUGAAGGGCCGUGACUUGGGAUUCAAUUCCAUCAUGUUCGUCUUCACAAAGCUGUCCAAGGGAACGGCGGAGCAACUGACCUCCAGGCAAAACCAGAGAUUGGGAGACGAAAUGGGCCUCCCCGAGUGCCUGGCAUUUUUCUCAGCGCAUUCCGGCUUUUAUCUCGGCAACUAUCUGGUCUCCAUCUCUGCGCCCAUGCUCGUGUACGUGAGUUUGCUUGCUUUGCUGUUUGACGACCAGGGUCACGAAGAGCCUGUGCAAAUCGUGGCGACGAUGCUACGCCCAUACUCCUGGCUCCUUUGUGUGGUCAUUGUGUGCCAGAGCCUCCCCCUCUUGCAGCAGAUGUGGUUCAGCGAGGGAGCGUGCAAAGCAUUUGUUGGCUGGAUUCUGCAACAGUUUACAUGCGCUCCCAUCUUCGAGAUCUUCAAGAGCAAGCUCAUUGGAUAUCACAUCAUGCAAGCGAUUUCUUAUGGAGGCGCCGCGUACAUGCAAGGAGGACGUGGUCCGCCCACAAUUCGCCAGCCCUUUGUCGAUCUGUACAAGCUUUAUGCAAAAAUUGCCUUGUAUGACGGAGUCAAGCUACUCGUUGGCGUGAUGGUUCUUUGCUCUGCAGGCCUCCGUCUGGGCUUCAGCUGUCACGCGGCCUUGGCACUUACUUACGGCUCAUGGCUGCUUGCACCCUUCAUCUUCAAUCCUCUAAUGUUCAGUUGGAAGCACAUCAGGAAAGACUGGAACACGUGGUCUCAGUUCUUCCCGUAUGACUGGGUUGAGUGGUAUGAAAAAGGUCUCCCUUCGCGGCUUCGCGCGUCCCCUUUGUGGUGCCUCGGCUGGGCCUUUACUCUGGCGCCACUCUAUGGGGUUGCCAUGCAGAAGGUUCACUUCGUGACCACGAUCUAUGAAGAUCCACUUUCCUCUGCCAUGAGCAUGCUGAUGGUUGCGACUCCACCUUGCAUGUUGUCCUUGAUCGGCUCUCUUGCGGCGAAGCAGGAACUGGAGGAGGCCCUGAAACCAUUUCCGUGUUUGCUGGUGGUCGUCACAGUCAUCUUGGAGAGUCUUGCGGGUCUGAACCAGCUUAUGCGUCUGGGUUUAUGGAGACCUUUCUGGGCCGGCCUUCUUUACAAGCUUCUGACGGUGGAGGUCAUCCUGGAAGUGUUUGAAUGUGUUCAGGUGUGGCGCAAGGCGAGGGAAACUCAGAACACCAUCCGCCUAGCUACACCGUGGCUCUGCUACCACCGCAUGUCUCGGGACCUCAUCGUUUCUUUCGUCCUCCUCUCCGUGCUGACUCUUUGGGCACUGGUUGAGAACACCAUCAGCCGAUGUUUUGGUUGUUGGCUUCACGACUUGCUGAUGUUUCGCAGCCCGUCCUUGCAGCGAAAGGCCGGGCUGCUGCUGCAUUGGCCGGCGCUCUGCAGCGGAGGUUGCAGCUCCAGCAUGACCGUCCGACGCCCGGUGCCCUCCCCUUUUCCCAUGUUGAUCUUGGUUGCCAGCUUUGCUGAGGAGAAGAUGCGACUGCUGAAAGACGACUCCACUUCCUACAUGCUCGCGCCCGUAGCCACUGACCUCAGCGAUGACGGGACCCCUUCGUACGAUGAGGAUCUGCCGCCUUCAACACUCCUGGCCUUGGUGGAGGCACCAUGGUUUCAAUCGAUUGUCGGCGCCAUUAUUUUGGCCAAUGCCUUGGUCAUCGGCCUGGAAACGGACCAAGUGAAGGAGUACGAUUGGUUAUUCCCGAUUCUUGAGGACACCUUUCUUUCGCUAUUCGCCGUCGAACUUUGCAUGAGGCUUUGUGCCUACGGCAUCUUGGGCUUCUUCAGUGCCACCGGAUCGGACGGCGUAUGGAAUGCCUUCGAUUUCACGCUGGUCUUCUUGGGGGUGAUAGAUCGAGGAUUGUCUUUGGUCAAUCGGCUGAAGCAAGGGCCGCAGCUGUACAUCGUGCUCAUGCGGGUGUUCAGGCUGCUUCGGAUUCUCCGGAUUUUCCGCAUCUUCCGGGUUAUGAGACAGCUGCACAUACUGGCAUCUAGCCUGUUUGAUGCGGUUCAAUCCGUCUUUUGGGUCAGUGUGAUUUGUGUCCUGAUCUUGUACAUCUGUGCUAUCGUCCUCACCAGGCUUGUGGGCCAUCCGCUCGAUGGCGACCCGCUGGCGCUGGUAAAGCAAGAGUACUUCGGCUCUCUCGGCUCGUCGAUGCUGACACUGUUCGAGCUGAUGGCAUUUCCGAACAUGGUCCCAGACUCGGAGAAGAAGCUUUUUGCUUCUCAGACCGGCACGGGACGUUGUUCCACUUUCGCCACGCCCCAGGUCUAUGCCGACAAUCCGUCUCUAAAGACUUUCCUGGUGAUCUUCGUCAUUUUCGGGGCCUUCAUGAUGGCCAGUAUUCUCACUGGUGUCAUCACCGAGGGUAUGGUGGAAAAAAGUCGCAUGCGACAGGAGGAACGGCGGUUUGAAAGAGAAACGGCGCGAGCGGUCUUCAUCCGAAUGUGUCGCAGGGUGCUUCAGGACCACAGCGGUGCCGACGCGAAUUACAUCGACAAGUCCCAGUUCGAAAAGUGCAAGGACAAGGUCUUAUCUCUCUGCGAGGUGGAUGCCACACCCCUCCGGGAGAAGGAUCUGGAGGCCAUUUUCAGCCUCGUGGACUACGAUGAUUCGGGCAUCGUUGAGAUCGAGGAGCUCCUGUACGGGAUGGUGCAAGUCUCCGCCGAGCUCCGUCCCAUGUCCAUACUGGAGCUUCGGCGGAGCUUUGCCCGCGGCUUGAAUGCGGUGAGCCAACAGGUGAACCUGCUGGACUCCCGGUUGCAGAUGAUGGAUGCACGCUUACAGGAGGCCUGGCUUGGCGCCGAAGCAUCCUUGCUGCUUUUUGCGUGCCUUGCCCUCGGAGACAGGCCUUGGCGAAGCCAAAGAUGGAUGCAAACCUGUAGCACAACCUGCCCCACAGAUGAGCUGUGGUGUUUUGCUCCUUUUGCUUGCCAAAGGAUGUCCCAUGCAUGUUGA